UGUAUCAGUGCUGUCAGCCAUUAUUCUUUGUGUUUUUUUUUUUUUGUCUUGCGUCUGCCUGCUUCGACUUUUUAGGUGUUUUCUAGAAUAUUUACAGUCCGGUCACACAAUUUCGCGCCUAUUCCUGUAGGAAAACAGCGUGUGUACGUCUUGCCACCAAAUCGUGUGGAACCCGUUUGCUGCUCCUUCCUGCGUCCUGUUUGUUGAAAUCAUAGUUCCGGAUACCAGUGUGUAUCUUUGGCGUUUUUAACCAUGUAUGCACAUGUGAAGUAUCUUGACAAUGCGGAAGCGAUUUUGCCCGUGACAAUGAUCAAAAACUUUCACCCACGAGACGUAAACGACGUCGUGUCAUCCCCAAAAGAGGUAUUUUGGACUGACGGUCAAGUGCGUGGAUAUUACAAGGGGCGGAUCACUCUGCUUCGCGAAACAAAGGCCGAGAUGAUUACAGCAUUAAACCGGAUGAGAAAAGCAAUUCCUGUCAUCUUCGAUGAGAGUUUAUUUGAUGAUCCACCCACUCAGGCAUCUCAGGAGCUCUCUACGCGAGAAAAGCGAGCAAAUGCACGGACUGCCCACAACAAGGAACUCAGACAGAUCCUUGACGGGAACAGCUCCAAAGAAGAGACUGUUCCUAAGCACCUUCUUGAUGAAGCGCGAGAGGAAGCUGUGCAAUUGAAAGUGGAACUGCAGGUCUUGAGAGGAGAACUUCGUGAAGAGAGAGAUAUGUGCAAACGUCUCCAAGAAACUCUCCUCGAGAAAAUUGACACAGUCUUCAAGGCACAACAGCAAUGUUCGUGCACCAUGACGUCAUCAGUGUCAAACACCGAAGUGCACCCUGGGACGUUCACAAAUCUGCAGAGUGCACUGCGAUGCGUGAGUGAAAACUUGAUGACUGAACCUCCUCAAGCAUUUAAUGAGGAGCCAUACUUCUCGACUGCACAGCCAACCAAGCAACUUGGCAGCACUGCAGCAGUAGAACUGUUGACAAAUUUAAGUGUCCAAAGCUCGGUUCCAGUACAGGGGCCUUCCGCGCAAAGCUUUUUUGGACCACAGGUGCAAGAACAGGUACCAGUGCAGGAGCCGUGCACAAAGGAAACCACAUGGGAGAGCACAAUCAGGACAGAAGACACUGCCAUGUGCGCAUCUUCAGGACAACAGGCCGAUCUUGGUGACGGUGUAUACAUACCACAGGACAAGCUAGACAUGGCCAUGCUGAGCAGCACAGAUUCGAUAUUUGUGCGGGAAAUUGCACGUUCGCUUUGGGCACCGGAGGAGCUUCAGGGGCGUAGUGUCACUGGGAAGCCCUGUCAACGGUACUUGAAACAAGGCAUCAAAGCCAAACGUGCUUUGACACCCAGGAAGGUUGGAGCACUAAAACGGUGUUUCCAGCGGUACGCAUCACAAAACAACUGUAGAAAAGGACGAAGCCUGACCGAGAGACUGGAUCUGGUGAACAGCCAUCUGGCUGACUUUUUGAAACGAAUGUAAUGAACAAAUAUAUUUUUGCUGAAUUCAA